AUGGCUUCGAAUCUUUCUACACGAGCGGUCAGGUCCGCCUGCAUCGCGUCUAAGGCUGCUCCCCGCCCCCUGACCACACUUAUUCCCCGUCGCUCCCUCAACACCACCCCCGAGGCCACCCCGGAGUCAACCAACCUAGCCGACCAACCCCGAUGGUCGUACACUCCUCCGAAGGCGAAAGCGCCAUUCAGCAUGCGCAUGCACUCAAAGCGCCCUGCCUUCCACAACAACUCCGACCCUGAAAUCCUCGACCAGUUUUACAUUCGCAUGCUGGGCAAUGGCGGCGAGAAGCUUCUCUCCGACGAAGUCAAGUGGUUGGCCGUGACACACAAGAGUUUCGAUCAAGGACGCCGUGGAUUCAACGAUCGAUUGGCUUUCCUAGGAAAACGCAUCGUGCAAUUGCAGACUUCGCUCGCGCUCGCGCAGGGUGCUAACACCGGCAACGCACCUGCGGCAGACCAGUUCGGCCGUGUGCCAUUUACUCACCCUGCCCUGGAAGGCCUGAGCAGUCUCUCCCCUAGCACCAAGAGCUUCCUGACCGACCGGACGAAGAUGGCCGAGCUGGCUCGCAAGUACGCCAUGCAGAAAGUGAUUCGAUGGGAACCCCGCAAGCCCGAAAACCUCGUGGCAUCUGGAAUUGACCUGGUUCUGGCGCACAGCAUGUACGCGGUUAUUGGAGCGGUCUCUUUGGAGAAGGGAGGACAGGUUGCCAACAAGCUGGCGCAGGAGCGGAUACUCGAGCCUUUGGGUAUCAAGUCGGUCUCAUGA